AUGUCCAUAGCCGCAUAUCUAGCCAAAAACUACCUAACAGCAGACCCCCCAUCGACCUCCGACCACGUCAAAAAACGGCGAAAGAAGAACAAACAUGCAGACACCACCAAUUCUGGCGGUCUAAUAAUCGCAGACGAUGACCCACCAGACCUCCGUACCGCAUCUUCGAAGCCCAAAAGUCACAGAUUCAAACGUGGCAGUGACGAAGAAGAUGAUGAUACCCCCUACACAAUAGCUGACGAACGACACUCCGCCGAAUUCCGCAAGUCGAAGAAGUCCAGCUGGAAGACGAUAGGCGGUCCUGCUGCGCCAUCAAAUGCUGAGCAGGUAGCUGCUGACGCCAUCCUAGCCUCUGCUGCUGCUGAGCGGGCUGCACAUGAAGCUGAGGACGAAGACAGGCCUGUAAUCGCCGACGGGGAUCCCGAUGCUGAGCAAGAGAGUGGCGAACUGCGUAUGGAAUCCGGUGCGCGGACGGGCUUGCAGACGGCCGAAGAGACAGAGGCGAUGGUAGUUGCACAGCAGCGCAAGCGUCAACUGGAGUCGUUGGCCAUGAAGAAAUCUGACCGUGCUGGGAAGGGCGUCGUGGAGCCCGAAACCAUAUACCGCGAUGCGAGCGGGCGGAUAAUCAAUGUUGCCAUGAAAAGGGCGGAGGCGCGGAGGGCGGUGCAGGAGGCUGCAGCGGCUGAGGCGGCGGCCAAGGAAGCGUUGACGGGCGAUGUACAGCGGCGUGAGAAGGAGGCGCGGAGGGAGGCGCUGAAGGAGGCUAGGUAUAUGCCGCUUGCCAGGACGGUGGAUGAUGAGGAAAUGAAUGCCGAAUUGAAGGCUAGGCCGAGGUGGAAUGAUCCUGCCGCGGAAUUUUUGACGAAAGGGACGACGAGUGGAGGUGGCGCUGGGUUCGCUGUUGGAGGCGGGAAGAGCGGGAGGAAAGUGUAUACGGGGCCUGCUGCACCCAAUCGGUAUGGAAUACGGCCGGGGCAUAGGUGGGAUGGGGUGGACCGGGGCAAUGGGUUCGAGCAGCAGUGGUUUGAGGCGCGGAAUAAAGUACACAUGCGGCAGGGGUUGGAGUAUGCGUGGGCGAUGGAUGAGUAA